CUCCCCGAGGUGCCGCCCUCGCCCGCCUCCCAGGCACCUUGGGGAGUAGCGUGGAGAGCGGGAUCCCCCUCUCAAUGAAAGGCAGAUGUCCCUUUAAGGUUGGCUUUUCUGCUCGCGGACUUUAGCCUAAACACGGGCUGGCGUAGCUGGCUUUAUUUGUCCAUGUCUCGGACGGGACCUGGGAGUCUGCCAGUGGCAUUUCAGAGCCCAGGAGCGCGAAGGGGCGGGAGAUGUGGCAAUCCUUCUGGGAUGUGAAAAGCGUGCAGCGGUCUUAAGAGACUCUGGAAAACACAGGAAAUCACUGCGGAUUCUGGGCGCCUCUUCAGACCCGGGUCAGACUCGGCCCCGCGGCGGCCGGCGGAGUGGCCAGCAGCAGAACGCCCGGCUCCCGCGCCCGGUCCCGCCAGCUCCAGCGCCCCGGUGCGCACGUCCCCGGGCACGGUGCCCUCUGCCACCAUGGCCCCUCGACGCCGCGCCGGCCCAGAGGUCGCUGUCGCCUGCUGCUGGCUCUUCACGGUUCUUCUCGGCGUCUGCAUAUCAUUCAAUGUUGAUGUGAAGAAUUCAAUGACUUUCAGUGGCCCAGUGGAGGACAUGUUUGGAUAUACUGUUCAACAGUAUGAAAAUGAAGAAGGAAAAUGGGUGCUCAUUGGUUCUCCAUUGGUUGGUCAACCCAAGAAUAGAACUGGAGAUGUCUAUAAGUGUCCAGUUGGGAGAGGUGAAUCAUUACCUUGUGUGAAGUUGGAUCUACCAGUGAAUACAUCAAUUCCCAAUGUCACAGAAGUAAAAGAGAAUAUGACAUUUGGAGCAACUUUAGUCACUAACCCAAAUGGAGGGUUUCUGGCAUGUGGUCCCUUGUAUGCCUAUAGAUGUGGCCAUUUGCAUUACACAACUGGAAUCUGUUCUGAUGUCAGCUCCACAUUUCAAGUUGUGAACUCCAUUGCCCCCGUUCGAGAAUGUAGCACUCAGUUGGACAUAGUCAUAGUGCUGGACGGUUCCAAUAGUAUUUACCCAUGGGAGAAUGUUACAUCAUUUUUAAAUGACCUUAUUGGAAGAAUGGACAUUGGUCCUAAACAAACACAGGUUGGAAUAGUACAGUACGGAGAAAAUGUAACACAUGAAUUUAACCUCAAUAAAUACUCAUCUACAGAAGAUGUGCUUGUGGCAGCAAGUAAAAUAGUCCAGAGAGGUGGCCGCCAGACCAUGACUGCUCUCGGAAUAGACACAGCAAGAAAGGAGGCUUUCACUGUAGCCCGUGGUGCCCGACGAGGUGUUAAUAAAGUCAUGGUAAUUGUGACUGAUGGAGAGUCUCAUGACAACCACCGCCUUAAAAAGGUUAUCCAAGACUGUGAGGAUGAAAACAUUCAACGCUUUUCCAUAGCUAUUCUUGGCAGCUAUAACCGAGGAAAUUUAAGCACAGAAAAAUUUGUGGAGGAAAUAAAAUCAAUUGCAAGUGAACCCACUGAAAAGCAUUUCUUCAACGUCUCUGAUGAAGCGGCUCUAGUCACUAUUGUUGAAGCUCUGGGAGAAAGAAUAUUUGCCCUGGAAGCCACAACUGACCAGUCAGCAGCUUCAUUUGAAAUGGAAAUGUCACAGACAGGCUUCAGUGCUCAUUAUUCACAGGAUUGGGUCAUGCUUGGAGCAGUAGGAGCCUAUGAUUGGAAUGGAACAGUCGUCAUGCAGAAGGCUGAUCAAAUCAUAAUCCCACAAAACAACACCUUUAAUCUUGAGUCCACCACAAAGAAUGAACCUCUUGCUUCUUAUUUAGGUUACACGGUGAACUCUGCCACUGUUUUUGGCGGUGUGAUCUAUAUUGCGGGACAACCACGGUACAACCACACAGGCCAGGUGGUUGUCUACACAAUGGAAGGCGGAGACAUAAGAAUUCUUCAAACACUACGUGGAGAACAGAUAGGCUCCUACUUUGGCAGCGUUUUAACAACCAUCGACAUUGAUAAAGAUUCUUACACUGAUGUGCUUCUUGUGGGAGCGCCCAUGUACAUGGGCACAGAGAAGGAGGAACAAGGAAAAGUCUAUGUGUACACACUCAAUCAGACGAGGUUUGAAUAUAAAAUGAGCCUGGAACCCAUUAAGCAGUCUUGCUGCUCCUCUCUAAAGCACAAUUCUUGCACAAAGAAAAACAAAAAUGAACCGUGUGGGGCUCGUUUUGGAACGGCUAUUGCAGCGGUGAAGGAUCUCAACCUUGAUGGGUUCAAUGACAUCGUGAUCGGAGCUCCCCUAGAAGAUGACCACGGAGGAGCGGUGUACAUUUACCACGGAAGGGGCAGGACUCUCAGGAAACACUACGCGCAGCGUAUUCCAUCAGGUGGAGAUGGAGAGACUCUGAAAUUUUUUGGCCAGUCCAUCCACGGAGAAAUGGAUUUAAAUGGGGAUGGACUAACGGAUGUAACCAUCGGGGGCCUUGGUGGUGCUGCCCUCUUCUGGUCUCGAGACGUGGCCGUAGUUAAAGUGACGAUGAAAUUUGAACCCAAUAAAGUGAAUAUUCAAAAGAAAAACUGCCGUAUGGAAGGAAAGGAAACAGUAUGCAUAAACGCCACUGUGUGUUUUAAUGUGAAAUUAAAGUCCAAAGAGCACACUGUUUACGAAGCUGAUAUGCAGUACCGUGUCACAUUGGAUUCGCUAAGACAGAUAUCUCGAAGUUUUUUCUCAGGAACUCAAGAGAGAAAGGUUCAAAGAAACAUCACAGUUCUGAAAUCAAAAUGCACUAAACAUUCCUUCUACAUGUUGGACAAGCAUGACUUCCGGGACUCAGUGAGAAUAACUGUGGAUUUUAAUCUCAGUGAUCCAGAAAAUGGGCCCAUUCUUGAUGGUGAUUUGCCAAAUUCAGUACAUGAACACAUUCCCUUUGCCAAAGACUGUGGAAACAAGGACAGAUGUAUCUCAGACCUUGCCCUGGAUGUGUCCACCACGGAAAAAGACUUGCUUAUUGUCAAGUCUCACAACGAUAAACUCAACAUUAGCCUUACAGUCAAAAAUAAAAAGGACAGUGCCUAUAACACCAGAACCAUAGUAAAUUAUUCUCCAAACCUAAUUUUUUCAGGAAUUGAGGCAAUACAAAAAGACAGUUGUGAAUCCAAUCAUAACAUCACAUGUAAAGUUGGCUAUCCUUUCCUGAGAAGAGGAGAAGCGGUAACUUUCAAAAUAUUAUUUCAAUUUAACACAUCUAAUCUUAUGGAAAAUGUGGUAAUUCAUUUGAGCACAACAAGUGACAGUGAAGAACCUCCUGAAACCCUAUAUGAUAAUGAAGUGAACAUUUCUAUCCCCGUAAAAUAUGAAGUUGGACUACAGUUUUAUGGUUCUGCAAGUGAGUACCACAUUUUAAUUGGUGUCAAUGACACAGUUCCUGAAGUUAUUAACUCUACUGAAGACAUAGGAGAUGAAAUUAAUAUCUUUUACUUGAUUAGAAAAACUGGGAAUUUUCCAAUGCCAGAACUAAGGCUGUCAAUUUCAUUUCCCAAUCUGACCUCAGACGAUUACCCUGUACUGUACCCAAAUGGAUGGUCCUCUUCUGAUAAUGCAAACUGCAGGCCUAGUGACCUUCAGGAUCCUCUUCAUAUCAACUCUGGGAAGGAAAUGAUCAUAUCCAAAUCUGAAGAUCUCAAACGAGGCACAAUUUCGGACUGUAGUACCUGUAAAUUUGCUACCAUCACAUGUGAUCUCAUUCCUUCUGAUAUGACCCAAAUGAACAUUUCACUUAUCUUAUGGAAGCCAACUUUCAUAAAAGCACAUUUUUACAGUUUUAAUCUUACUGUAAGAGCAGAACUUCAGAGUGAAAAUACAUCACUGAUUUUAAGCUCUGGCAAUAAAAAGAGAGAGCUUGCUAUUCAAAUAUCCAAAGAUGGUCUUCCAGGCAGAGUGCCAUUGUGGGUUAUCCUAUUGAGUGCUUUUGCCGGAUUAUUAUUGCUAAUGUUGCUUAUAUUAGCACUGUGGAAGAUUGGAUUCUUCAAAAGACCGCUAAAGAAGAAAAUGGAGAAAUAAAGUAUUUUACAAGAUAAAAAAUUAGCACCAAUUCAAUGAUUUUUCCUCAGGUUUGCCUCAAAUAUGUGACAAGAAAUUUUUAUAUAUAAUUAAAGACAUAGUCACAUAACUUUCUGUAAUCCAUCAGGGAUUAAUUACUUGGAAAAUUACAGAUCAAAGAUAAUGCAAAAACAAUACCAUAAAGAUAUAUUUUAUUAAAUGAUGAAAAUAUUUUUAAGUAAUUACUCAUUUUUGUAGAGUAAGCAAAAUUACAAAGUGUUUUGAAGAUGAAGUACAACCUAUAUAAAUAUGUUUAUAUAUAUAAAUCACCAAAAUAUUUAAGGAAUACAUAAAAAAGAUUUUUAUAAUUACUGAAACAUUUCUUUUCAAAGCAAUAUAAAUUAAGAUUAUUUCCCCCAUGAUUCCUGAUGGAUAUUCCUAUACAACACGACUAUCAGCAUUUGUAAAUGACAAGAAAGAAGUUACCUGAAAAAAGAUCAUGUCUCCCGAUUCAAAUGAGAAAAAUUUCCCAUGGUAGAGUCUAUAUAUAGUAUGAACUUUAAAAGUAGAAUUGAAUAACAGAGGGAAUAUUCAGCAUCUUUGUGUCGGGUUCCACACUUUGAAAGUUUUCUUCCUAAGAUAUUUGGAAAAUAGAGCAAAUUGUGCUGAAAUUCUAUCUAGGAUGGAAAACCAAGACAGACUUUGUAAAAGCAAAUGAACUAAAUGGAUUAAUUUAAGCUUGUAUAGAGCACACUUUGUUUUGAUAUGGAGCUGUAAAAGUAAAAGCUUUUAUAUUGAAAAAACAAGUUUUGUGUGACAUAACACUGAUUUUUUUUUUUAUCAAAGAUCAUGUUGUCUGGAGGGUAGCUAAAGUGGUUUCUGACUGGAAGUGAGACCAAUGCUACUGAAAUGCUGAAAUCUUCUCUGAGAAGCCUUUAAGCAUUAGGGAUCCCAGGCUGCAAACCAAAGUAGGAGCUUUUUCAGCUCUUUGGUACAUGGUUCAUUCAAACCCUCAAACUGAGAGUGUGGUGGGUUUUCGUAUUUUGUUUUUAAGAUAUUUAACUUCUUAAAUGCAUUUCCUAUUUUUAUGAAGAAAAAAGCAGUAUUCCAUUUCAAUAUUGUAUUUUUAUCAAGAGGUCGCUACUUUUUUGAGUGGGCAUGUUAAUAUUUAAAUAAAACUCCAGAAAUGUAUUUUAAAGAACUUCAGGUUUUAAACUUCACACCAGUAGGAAAAUGUCACAACUUUGUACGUGUUUCUUUGUUCUUGAAGUAACCGCUAUGGGCUUGGACUUGAGUAUAACAUAAGGUCCUAGGUUGCUUCAUUUCAGAGGAAAAUGUCAAGGAAUGAAUGUAUAGUCACUGCAUGUGUAAACUACUGCUGUAAAAUUUGCUGAUACAUCUGCAAAAACUCCACCCCUUUGCCAACUUACCAUCACAAGACCUACACCUGUUAUUUCCAGAAAGUCCUGGGUUCUUCUGUCUAAAAACAACCAAACAACAAAUCAGUGGAGAAAGGAAGUGCCAUUAGCUUUUAGUUUUAAAUUCAGUUUCCAAGAAAUUAUAUGUGGACUCCAAGUCAGCCUAUGUUCUGGUUCUCCAUGUCCACAUCUACCAUGCUGAUGGUCAUAGCCAAGUGCCUGGGCAGUGCUAUGGUCAUUGGUAGCAAGAAAAGUCUAAAUAUUUCCAGAGAUUUGGUGUCCUUCUGCUAAUUUGUCUUUGCCCAGAAAUUUCCAGUGAAAUUUCCAAGGAAUCACUCCCUUCAAGUUCAAAAGCUAUUCUCUUCAACCUGCUUUUUCUUUAAAAGGAAAAAAAAUCUAUCAAUUGCCAAUUCACCUAUUCUUUUGUUAUGUUUAUUUUCUAACUACAAAGCCACCUAACCAAUUUGAAAAAUUCCUAAAAAUUUAUGUCUACUCCCAUAAACAAGUAAGAGUUGAUUUUGACACAUCAGUGAGGUAAUAUAAUCAAUAAAUAGAAUGUAUUGUUUCUCUUUACACAUACAUAAAGCGCACAAUAAAAUCAGUUUUCAAAUUCUGCUGGAAAUGGUGAUACCAAAUCCAACAGACAUAAUGCUACAUAUUUCCCUAAUUUUUUAUUUCUAAAAUUGUAAUAUUAUUUAAUAUUAAUGAAAUGUGAAAGCUUGAAGAGGAGAGAAGUUGAAAUCAAGAAAUACAUAAAGGGUAGUACAUUGAAAAUCACAUGCCGUAGAAAGACCUGCCCAUAUUCUCUUUACACAAAGUCUGAAGGACCAUCACCAUAGCUUGCCUGGGUAAAUAACAUCCCAACAGCUAAUAUGGAGUUCACUUUCUGGCAGAACAAAAUGCAUUUAUUAAUACAUUAUCUACUCUAUGUGAUUUGAUGGUUUUGCUUUGCAUAACACAAAAACUAGGGAAAACCUUGGUCCAGAGCAUGGUUCAUGUGUCAAGUACUGUCACAUGCUCAAUCAAAUAAAUAAGCCUCUGGCAUCAUGUUUUAAAAUAUAGAAUCCUAUGCUCUCAAUUUAUUUUAUUUUUAACCCUUCUUUUAUCUCCCUCCAUUGGUCUUCCCCUUCAAGGGUGGCUUUCAGGAAGGCUACUGGAGAAAACUAUUGAAGACAAGUUCUUUUAUUUCUGUGACUGCAGGCUUCGAUGCAUUGAUCAUUUAUGCAAUGCUUGUCUGAAGGGUUGGCAUGGUAGAAUGCAACAGAGACCAUUUGCAGUGUGCUUCAGAGCUGGAAUAUCUUGAAGAGAUGUGUGAACGCUAAUAGGAUCUGCAUAGAAAUUGUAUCUAGGGAGACAGGUGGACCCAAUAGAGUUCAACCCUCCAGGUCUCCAUCAGCAGUCUCCAAAUCCACCCUCAGCCAUGAAAAUCAUAGUCGAAACAAUGUGAAAAUGAGCUUAAACCUCCAACUGAUGUUUGGUUUUAGUCGGGGGGCAAUACCUGCCGAUGCUCAGGACUUACUCCUGGUUCUCUGCUCAGGGAUUACUCCUAGCAGGGCUUAGGGAAUCAUAUGGGGUGCUGGGGAUCGAACACAGUUGGACACGUCCAAGAUCCUAUUCACUGUACCAUCACUCCAGCCCAAACAGAUGUUAUUUUUUAACCAAAAUAUGCCAUCUAACUACAAAAUCAGGUGUUUUGGUAUGAAAAUGACUUCAGAAUGAAUUCAGCAGACAAAUCCUUCAAGUAAGACUGAACCUACCUAAAUCAGACUCCUGGCCAGAAUGCUGAAAUGCUGCUGCAUAUUAGCUCUGCAGUAAGAGAAAAUCAAAGUACAUUACAUUACAAAAGACUGUUCACUUCCUUUUCCCCCUGUACGCACUGCUUGCAACCCUAUAAAUGUAGAAUAAAGAAGCUGGAGGGAUAAAGCACUAGCAUCCGGGUGCUUGGCUUGGUCUGAUUCCCUCACCAUCGCCAGGAGUGACCAAUCACCAUGGGACAUGCACCCCCAAAGAACAGGUAAAGAGUUAAGAGUUAAAAAAAAGUUAAACAGUUAAGAUUUAAGGUGAUCUGACAAGUCUGUAUCAUUUAUUCUUAUAUUAAGCUUUAACUUGAAUGUAGAAAUUCCAAGUAACAACCAGAAAGAAACCUGGAUCAAGGCAUGUUAGUAAGCCCCAGCCCCCAUUAUUCCCAAUGAUGUCUGGCACCCAGGGGCAUGCCAGUUCUUAACCAAUAAGUAUGGAUGAUUUUGCCUCUCUGGUGGUGAAUUCAAUUCAACUUACCACCAGCACAUUACACACAUUGUCACAUCUCACGGAAGUGGUACCUAACGAAAAACAUGCAAGAAGGAGUUAUCACUUGUGAAUCUAGACUCCUGACUCUGGAAUAAGUUUGAUUUGGUUUGGUUUUUAAUAUGUUUAAACCUUACCUGUGCAGUUAAUGUGUUCAGAAGAUUCCAUUAUGGCUCUGGAGAUCGUCAGUGCCCUGAUAACUAACUAGGCAGCUGGACCCAGAGCCAUUGGCCAGAUCUGCCUUCGGCCUUCCAAUGUGUUCCUUCCCUCAGGCUGCAGUGGAGAGACUUUAUUUUCACCUGGUCUAUCCUAUCCCAGGCCCUUCUAAGCUUCUCUUGCUGAACUCUGAGCAAUUACACAUUCUUCCUGGUGAGCUGACAUGUUUUGAAAACUAUACCAAUACACUAGGGACAUACCUGGAGUUAUCUCUACUCUUACCACAUUUUAGGUCACAUCUUUAUGUUAAAAAUUAAAUGACUGUCUAGAGCUCCAUGUUGGAGGUGUUCUUCAAAAGAUGGAGGUUCAAUGUAUUAUCUUUUAUUUUAGUUUGAUCUAUCCACAUAGUCUACAGAGCUUUCAAAAAGAAUUUCCAAGUAUCAUAGAAUAAAAGUAGUUGUCCUCUUGAGGAACCCCAAUCACCCUCUUCCCUGUUGACCUAACCUACCUCCACCCUAAGAGGUGGAGAGAGAGUAGAUGAGCAGCAGAGUGACAACACAGGUUGUCCUACAGGCAACCUUUCAGCAACCUCAGCAGGAUUUAACAUGGAGAGGAAAAUGGGGGGGAGGUGGAUGGAGCUAUUUAUCUUUUAUGUAUAUAUCCUUACUCCUCAAAACACUGUAAACACAUCAUCCUUGACCAUGAUACAAAGACAUGUACUUUGUACAAAUAAAUUUUGGUUAAAUAAGAUCAAAAGUAUUUUUAACUUUGUAUUAACUAGGGUUAUUCCUGGACUUUAACACAUUUGAACUUAAGAAAAAACAGACAUUUGAAAUAACAAUCGCUCAGAUGGCCUUCCUUCGGAACCAUUCUGUACAGGACAUCCCCUUACUUAUUUCUGAGAUAGCCUGCCCCUUCAGGAAACAACCGCCUCUGCAUUCUUUGCCAGGAAAUAGUGACCUGUAGGAGAAUGUUAUACUGUGUAUUACUACUGGGAAGUGGGAAAAUUGUUCAUGGAUAGCAUAAAAAAUUGUAUUCACCUUAUUAAAAUAAGAAAUGUGUAUAUAUUAACCACUGCCUCGAAACAUGUAACAUUCUCACCCCAAUAAACGUUUCUGCACGGUCUAACGUAGAA